GAAAUUCUAAGCUGUUUAGACAUGCAAUACAACUGCACAAGUUAGAAGUUUCCCGUGUAAAAAAAAAAGAAAACAAGGACGCCUUUGCGCCUUUCUAUCCAUAGCAACUUGAAAGGAAUUUUCCCUUGUUUCUAGGAUAUUCACAAUCAAACUCCACCGCAAAAUUCUCCACCCCAUCGUCUUGUGGUUUAAUCAAUACUCUAAGUUUCUGGGGCUUUUCCCCUCUCCCAUCAUCGUCACGAAAGCCAACUUUUUCAACAGAAGACAGUUUGAAGUGAAUCAGCAAAAAGAACUGUCUCUCUGUGUCUUGCGUCCCAAGAGAAAUCAUGGCGAAAGCCAAAGAAGAUGAAGAAUUUGGUGCUUUUGAGUCCAAAGUGGACGAAGUGAUGAAUAUUUUGAAAUUUAUGUCCAGUGAUGAUAUCCAGGAUCAACAAGUUGGAAUAUCUAUGGCUGAUCGAUACUUGGGAAACGACAAAAAGCACCUGGAUAGCGUGAACAUUGACAAUUUCAUUGUUAAAGUCAAGGAAGAUCGAACGGUUAUAAAUAAUACAACAAAUGAGGAAACAUCGGCAAUUGCCCAAGAUAAGCAUGCUUUUAUGGCUUCCAUGGAGAAAGAUGCCGGUCGGAGGUAUGCUGAGAGAAAGGAACGAGAAUCACUGGCUCAGAACUUGAGGAAGUUGGGAAAUGCAGCCUUCCGGAAGGAGGAAUAUGAAAAAGCCAUAAGCAUGUACUCAAAGGCAAUUGACCAGGUCAGAGACAGUCCCAUUCUCUACAAUAAUCGUGCUCUGUGCUACAUGAGAGUUGGUCUCUACAAACGUGCAAUUAUUGAUUGUGACUUUGUCAUCAAUAAAUUGGAUGAGAAAAAUUUACGAUCAUGGCUCUAUCGUGCAAAAAGCUACUAUCAUCUGGGGGAAACGAGAAAUUACGAGAAAAGCAUCUCAGAGGCAAAGAAGAACAAUCCAAAAGAUCUUCCAUUCAUUGAGGAUGUUGUAAAGGAUAUUGAGGCUAAUCAGCAAAUAGAAGAUUAGAAAAAAAAACAAUAGCAAACUUACCGAGCAGCAGCAGGACACCCAAGAAUGACACACAUGAAUACAGAAAUGGCAAAUGAUAGCUUCCUAAAUCUGGAACAACAAAUGAACAACAUCUAAUCAGUAAUGUAAAUAUUUUUUCUCAAAUACAAAAA